AGGCAUCGAUAUAUUGACAGUUUUAUCGAUGUUUCUCCACCUCUAGUGUAUCAUAUGUUUCAUCGUGCCAUCACUAUAUAAGGCACACGUUUGCGACUAGGAAAAUAUGGAACCUCAGCUAUCAAGUGCCCUACGCGAUUUGCCGAAUAGAGUACUAAACGUUCCAGUGGAAGAGCGGCAGUCCUUAUUCCAAAAUGUGAGCGCCGUGCUGUCGAAUCCCGGCGUUAAUUCGGCUAUCGUGCGAGGCAUUUGUAAAGUGAUAGGAACAACGAUAUUGAAAUACAAGGAUCCUCCAUCUCAAUUGCUAAUUCGCAAGCUAAUUGGUGAUCUUAUUAGCGUUCAUCAUGAUCUAACCAUAGAACAUAUGCUAUCAGUUCUUAAAACACUUCUGAAGGAGUUACCUGCGGCACCUGCUCAUAAAUCAUGCAGAUCUGCUGUCGUGGCCUUGGGAUGGGUUUGUUUGCUAUUGAAGAACACAAAUCUGGAGUCAAAUAUUUACAAAACCGAAAAGAACAGAUUGAUUGAAUACCAAUCUUUGUUGUACCAGACCACGUUGUUGGCCCAAAAUGCGCGUGUCACCGAAGCAGCCACGAAAAUCAUCUACGACUUGUGGGAGAACAAUCAGAUCUUUGAUGAAACAAAGGAUACUUUGUUUAAAAUGGAGGCAACUUCAAAUGUUACCAUAAUGAUCAUGAUGAUGUUACAAUUCGAUGCAGACCACAAACACUCCGACAUACUGAAAGAAUACAAAAUGAAGAGUGUUGAGUAUUUUGUAAAAAGUAUGAUCUUGUGUAAAUCAAAGCCAAAUAAGGCUUUCAUAACAGCCUGUCAACCAUUGUUAUCCACACUUAAUGAAUCCGAAUUCAAUACCAUCUAUAACGAUUUGCAAAAGGCCAUUUUGCGAAGUCCCGAAAAUACGCUCGAAAGUAUUGGCAUCAUUUUCGAGCUAAUCAAUCUUGAUUGUAGCCGUUAUGCUUCUCAAAUUGGAACUGUUUUAAUUAAGAAGCUGUACAGCAAGGGAGAGGAUGCGCGCCGUGAGUCGCUGGAGUCUUUGAAGAGUCUAUCCCAGAAGUGUUCAGAUAGCAAAGUUAUCAAAGAGCUGUUGCAAUUAAUUUUCUCUAUACUGAACGGAUCGGAUGGCAAAAUAAAUGUUGCUGAGUAUAGAAUUAAUUUGUAUCAGGGAGCUGGCUGUCUUAGUUUCAACAAAGUGGCUGAGGAUCAACUACAAGAUAUUUUAAACAUGGCUGUGGACUUAUUUUGGAAAGCACUUGAGACUGAAUCCCAGGACAAGGUGAUUUGUUGCACCCUCGAAAUGUUUGCUUUGUGGUCGGCGAAAUUUAGAAAUGAGCUUCCCAACGUGAUUAUAAACAUCUUCAAAACGGGCAUUGAACACAAAAACUCAAAUCAAAUAAUACGUCAAAGCUAUCUUGAAUGGCUGCUAUCAUCGAUACAUAAUGCUGAAAUCAAGGAUACUAGCAAUAUCGUACCAACUUUAUAUAACCUAUACAUAAAAGCACAGCAGAAUUUUGCACAGGUUUCCUCUGUAUCGGAGGCAGCAUGCAUUGCAUGUCAUUUGCUAAUUUUAGAAAAGCCAUCAGAAACGUAUUCAAACUUCUGGAACUCCCUUUUUGAUAUGAAUAAGCAAUAUUUCCUUAACGAAAAGUUUAUAUCGUCAGCAACCACAGAGACUUUAUGCCACAUUUCAUUCAUGGCAAAGAUCCUUUUUAAAUCGUAUUUGGAUCAAAUUAAGGGUCCCGUAGAGCCAUUACAUCGCGCAUUGCUUAAUAAUUUGUGCAGCAGUUCGCCUAAAGUUAGAAAGUAUACCAAAGAACAGGUGGUAGAAAUAACCAAGAGCGCUGAUGGUGUAGAUUUUGUGAAACUUGCUCUCAAAGAAUACAGUAAGCUAAUAAACACUGCGAAAAUUCAAUAUGAAGCUGACAAUUCCACAGACCAGUCAAGCACACCCAGUCAGGCAUUUGUAGAAGCAUUAGAAGUUUUAUGCAGCUUAGAAAACGUUCCUCGUGUAGACUCUCUCGAGCUUACUAUGCUGCUCUUAGAUAUUUCCAAUUAUCCAGCAAUAUUAUCUAAUAAUCCAUAUUUCUGGGAGAACACCAUUCAAAACAAUUUUCAAUUGGAUCCUAAAAACUUUAUUGCGAUAAAUGAAAAGCAAAUUAUCGAGUCAUACAUUGAGCAAUAUAAAAUUUGUCCAGUCUCCGAAAACACGAUUGCUUCAUUGGUACGCAUCAAUCCACACAUCAUUGUGCCGGCGAUCAUAAAGAGAAUCAAAACCUAUUUGAAUGAUGAAAGCAACUUCAACGUUACCAAUGAUGAGUUCCUGACAUUCAUGACCCCGGAAGGAGAGCUGUAUGAUAAAAGUGUUAUUCCCCAAGCGGAUGCACAAUACGCAACAACAGGCGUAAAGCGCGAGAAUAAAGUUUACAGCUACAAGGAACAGCUGGAGGAGAUUCAGUUGCGCCGUGAGAUCGAUGAGAAGCGACAAAAGGAAGGCAAAUCGAAGACUGUCAAGCUAACGCAAAAGCAACAGGAGUUAAUCAAAAAUCAAACGGAGAAAGAAUUACGUAUAAGAACACGCGUUCAAGCUCUUCAUGAGAAAUUGAUGUGUGUCAUCAGCUUGUUCAAGGCUUCUUGCACUGGAAAUGAAUCCAGUAUUGCAUUGCAUUUCCACACGCUUCUCGAUGAUAUUCUGGUGGCCACUUCGAGUCCUUUGAGCGCCGAACCCUUGACGGAUCUGUAUUAUUUCAUCAACAAAAUGUGCUUUAAAACCAAUUCAGAGCUGGGACGCACAAUUUCCAUUGCAACACUUCGACUACAAAAACCAGCUUGCAUUUUAAAGGAGGAAUGGAACACUCCAAGUAUAAACGAAAGUAUCAUGGAUGUCAUUUCAAAUCUGAACAAUCAUGUGCUGGAGAAAUCAAAUCUGUUGGAUUCGCAAUCGUUUUCGUAUGCUUUUGAGUUCUUGAAGCGGGCUCUCAUUCAUCUGGAUAAUCGAUCAAAUGAGGAAUUCGUGCUGUCCAGCAUCAAACUAAUCGAGAUCCACGUACAAGAGAAAACUAAAGCUGUCGAUGAUAAUGAGAGCGAUCAUCCACGUUAUUUGCCACGCCUGGGAAUGCUGCAAACUCUGCUAUACUUGAUUAAGAAGAAUUCGACCGCUGUGCAAACUCAAGCUGUCAAUGCGCUUUUGGAAGUGGCAACAGUUUCAUCCGGAGGCCAAUUAAAUGCCACACCUGAUAAACUGAUCAUUGAAUUGUUUUUGGAAGCAUUGCAAAAUAAUAUCGAGGCUAUUAGAGAUGUCACAUUGCGUGCAAUGCAAAUCAUGAUCGAAUCCAUUGUUGACUAUUUGAAGAGUGAUGCUGAAUUGGAAAAGCAAUUGGUCGCAAGAUUAUGGAUAGCAAAAUUCGAUGUUUCCGUUGAAAUUCGCAAGCUGGCCGUCGACCUGUGGGAUGCAUCUGGUUUUGCUUAUCCCGAAUUUGAUGAUAUUAUCUGUGAUAUCACACACUCAGAACUCUGCAUACAAAAAGCAUCCGCUGAGUCAUUGAUUCCACUUAUACUGAAUGACCAAAGCCUAUUGAAGAGCGGAUUGAAGAAAAUGCUGGCCAUUUACAAUGAGAAACUUACUUUAAUUCCACCCAAACUCGACAAAUUUGAUCGCGAAAUUGAACCGGCUUUCGAUCAAUGGAAGCCUCGACGUGGAGUUGCUAUUGCAAUCUCGCAAAUUGCACAAUUUUUAUCGAUUGAAGACAUUAAUUACUUAAUGCAAUUCAUGGUAUCCCAUGGCCUUGGUGAUCGUGAAGAGAUUGUGCACAAGGAGAUGUUGGCUGCAGCAUUGAAGAUCGUUGAUAUCCAUGGCAAAGAGACUAUUGUCAGUUUGCUGCCAGUGUUUGAGGAGUUCCUCGACAGCGCACCAAAAUCUCAAAGCUAUGAUAACAUUCGUCAAGCUGUUGUUAUUCUGAUGGGAUCGCUAGCUAGGCAUUUGGAGAAGGACGACAAAAGAAUUGAUCCGAUUGUCAAGCGCCUGAUCACUGCUCUUUCAACACCGUCCCAGCAAGUCCAGGAAGCAGUUUCCAAUUGCUUGCCACAUCUAAUGCCAUCUGUUAAAGACGAAGUUCCAGCUAUGAUCAAGAAACUAUUGCACUCAUUGUCCAAGUCGGAGAAAUAUGGAGAGCGACGUGGAGCCGCCUAUGGCAUUGCUGGCAUUGUCAAAGGCCUUGGCAUCUUAUCGCUUAAGCAAUUGGACAUUAUGUCGAAGCUGACAACUUACAUCCAGGACAAGAAGAACUACAAGAGCCGUGAGGGAGCUCUUUUUGCCUUCGAAGUAUUAUGCACCACUUUGGGACGCCUUUUUGAGCCUUAUAUUGUCCACGUGCUGCCACAUUUACUGCAAUGCUUUGGCGAUUCAUCGCAAUACGUGCGACAAGCUGCCGAUGACACUGCCAAGGUGGUGAUGGGAAAACUUUCGGCUCAUGGCGUUAAAUUGGUGCUGCCAUCGCUGCUCGAUGCCCUCGAUGAAGACUCCUGGAGAACCAAAACGGCAUCCGUUGAACUUCUCGGCGCCAUGGCUUUCUGUGCUCCAAAGCAGCUAUCAUCAUGCUUGCCCAGCAUUGUGCCCAAACUGAUCGAAGUUCUUGGAGAUUCACAUACCAAAGUGCAAGAAGCUGGCGGUGAUGCUUUGAAGGUUAUUGGAUCUGUUAUUAAGAAUCCUGAAAUUCAGGCGAUUGUUCCCGUUUUGCUGAAGGCUCUGGAGGAUCCAUCAAAUAACACUUCUGCGUGUUUGCAGAGCUUGUUGAAAACCAAGUUUAUUCACUUUAUUGAUGCUCCCUCUUUGGCUCUAAUUAUGCCCGUUGUCCAGAGAGCAUUCAUGGAUCGUUCGACGGAAACCAGAAAGAUGGCUGCCCAAAUUAUUGGCAACAUGUAUUCGCUCACGGAUCAAAAGGAUUUGACACCCUAUCUGCCUAGCAUCAUCCCAGGUCUGAAGUCCUCCUUGCUCGAUCCAGUGCCAGAAGUGCGAGCGGUGUCUGCUCGUGCUCUUGGUGCCAUGGUCAAGGGAAUGGGCGAAAGUUCGUUUGAGGAUCUGCUGCCAUGGUUGAUGCAAACGCUGACAUCGGAAUCCAGCAGCGUGGAUCGCAGUGGUGCUGCCCAGGGAUUGUCUGAAGUGGUCGGAGGAUUGGGUGUCGAGAAGAUGCACAAACUGAUGCCGGAAAUCAUUGCAACAGCAGAACGCACAGAUAUUGCGCCACAUGUGAAGGAUGGCUACAUUAUGAUGUUCAUAUAUAUGCCAGGCGCAUUCCCCGAGGAGUUUACGCCCUACAUUGGUCAAAUCAUCAAUCCCAUUCUGAAGGCAUUGGCCGAUGAAAGCGAAUACGUGCGUGACACGGCGCUGAGAGCUGGACAGAGAAUUGUGAAUCUUUAUGCUGAGACUGCUGUCGCUCUACUGCUGCCCGAGUUGGAGAAGGGUCUGUUUGAUGAGAACUGGCGUAUUCGCUACAGUUCGGUGCAAUUGCUUGGAGAUUUGCUGUACCGUAUCUCGGGCGUGUCUGGCAAGAUGACUACGGAAACGGCCAGCGAAGAUGACAACUUCGGAACUGAGCAAUCGCAUACAGCCAUUAUUCGUUUCUUGGGCGAUGAACGUCGCAACCGCGUGCUGUCUGGUCUCUACAUGGGCCGCAGUGACGUCUCCUUGAUGGUUCGCCAGUCCGCGCUGCAUGUGUGGAAAAUUGUCGUCACCAAUACGCCACGUACAUUGCGUGAAAUUCUGCCAACUCUCUUCGGACUACUGUUGGGCUGCUUGGCCAGCACAAGUUAUGACAAGCGUCAGGUUGCUGCUCGCACUUUGGGCGAUUUGGUGCGCAAACUGGGUGAACGUGUUUUGCCUGAAAUCAUUCCCAUACUUGAAAGUGGUUUGAACUCCGAGCAGGCGGAUCAGCGGCAAGGUGUCUGCAUUGGACUGUCGGAAAUAAUGGCUUCCACUUCCAAGGAAAUGGUGCUUACGUUUGUGCACAGCUUAGUGCCAACUGUGCGCAAGGCUCUGGCUGAUCCUCUGCCCGAGGUACGUGAAGCGGCUGCCAAGACAUUCGAAUCGCUGCACAGUACUGUGGGAUCUCGUGCUCUGGAUGACAUUCUGCCCUUCAUGUUGGAGAACCUCUCCAAUCCGGAUCCUGAGGUGGCUGAGAAUACGCUGGAUGGCUUGCGUCAAGUAAUGUCCAUAAAGUCACGCGUGGUAUUGCCAUAUCUGGUGCCCCAGUUGACCGCUCAACCCGUGAACACGAAAGCUCUCUCCAUCUUGGUUUCGGUUGCUGGCGAUGCUCUAACCAAAUAUCUACCAAAAAUUCUAUCUGCAUUGCUCGAAGCCCUGUCCCAAUCUCAUGGUACAGCCAAUGAAAAUCAGGAAUUGGAAUACUGUCAGACGGUGAUUUUGUCUGUCACUGACGAGGUUGGAAUUCGCACUAUUAUGGAUACUCUAAUGGUCUCGGCGAAAUCGGACAAUGUGUGCACACGGAAAUCAUCUGCAAGUUUGCUUUGCGCUUUCUGCAUUCACUCGCCUGGCGAUUACUCGCAAUAUAUUCCACAAUUACUGCGCUGCUUGCUGCGCCUGAUGGCCGAUCACGACAAGAGCAUCAUACAGAAGGCCUGGGAGGCAUUGAAUGCCGUCAUUAAGGGUUUGAAUCCAACUCAGCAAAUUGGCUAUGUCACCGAUGUUCGUCAAGCGGUUCGCUUUGCUGCCAGCGAUCUGAAGGAGCCCGAAUUGCCAGGAUUCUGCUUGCCCAAAGGAAUCACCCCGCUGUUGCCCGUAUUCCGUGAGGCGAUCCUAAAUGGUUUGCCAGAGGAGAAAGAAAACGCAGCUCAGGGUCUUGGUGAAGUCAUCUUCCUAACCAGUGCCGCAUCUCUGCAGCCAUCUGUUGUGCACAUAACGGGACCGCUGAUUCGUAUCUUGGGAGACCGCUUCAACUCUGGCGUGAAAGCCGCGGUUCUGGAGACAUUGGCAAUCCUGCUCCACAAGGUCGGAGUGCUUUUGAAGCAGUUCUUGCCGCAACUGCAGACAACAUUUUUGAAAGCAUUGCAUGAUCAAAACAGAACUGUUCGCAUGAAGGCAGGCAAGGCUCUGUCGGAAUUGGUGGCCAUUCAUUCACGUGCAGAUCCAUUGUUCAAUGAGAUUCACAAUGGCAUCAAGAGUUCCGAUGACUCUGCAGUUAGGGAGACAAUGUUGCAUGCACUGCGCAGCAUUAUCAGUCCAUCGGGAGAUAAAAUGUCAGAACCCAUUAGGAAGCAAGUGUUUUCGACUUUGUUGACACUGAUUGGACACCAGGAAGACAUCACUCGCAAUGCUGUUGGAGGUUGUCUGGGAGCUAUGCUCAAGUAUAUGCCGACAGCUCAAGUUACGGAUUUGUUGAACAACUACAUACUUAACGAUAAUACCGAUGAUCCGGUGACUAAACAUGGCUAUACUGUUAUCCUUUUUGUUGCUUUGAAAGAGUGUCCCAAGGAAGUGUUGCUGGACAAUUUCAGUGAUAAAAUCAUUGGUAACAUAUUAGCUAAUAUCACAUCCGAAAAAGCACCCAUUGCAUGCAACGCCGUUCGAGCCGCAACAUAUCUUUUAGAAUACAAACUAAUCAAUAACAAUGAUCCUCCCAGCAAUGUGCUAGUUUCUCUAGGCAGGGCCAUGAAUCACAGUAGCAAUGACGUCAAACAGCUGGUGGCGAAAAGUUGCAUUCAUCUUUCGAAGAAUCUAAGUGCUGACCAAAUCCAUCUAGAUGUUUUGAAGAUGUUAGUUCCCACUCUAGUUAAUGGUACGAAGGAGAAGAAUGGCUAUGUUAAAUCCAAUUCAGAAUUAGCUCUCGUAUCCCUGCUGAGACUUAGAUCUGAUGAGGUGACAUUCAAAAAGACCUGCGAUGUGCUAGAGACAGGAGCAAGAGACUCGUUAAGUGAUGUGGUAGCCAAGGUCUUGAAACGGGUUGCAGCUCAACCGCCAGUUAAGGAGGAAGAUUUAGAUGACACUUUACAAACUUGAUUAUAAUCACCUUCAUGUAAUUCAAUAAAAUUUCUUAAAUUAUUUGAAUUAAAUGGCACAUUUUAUGUAAUAGAAUGUAUAUUAUUAUAAUGCAUAUUUGUAAAAUAAAAACAAAAUAAACACAA